AAUUUUUCUGCAUUGCAGAGUAAGAGAUCCAUACUACGUGUUUAAUUUUAAUACCAGAACCGGAGCACCAGAUCAGUAUCAGUUGAAAGUGAUCGUCAGAGGGAGAAAGUAUACAAAUAUACAAAAUGAUGAAGAUGCGAGCGAUCAGAUGUCCUACGGACGAACUGAGUUUGAGAAAUCUUGCUGCUAUCAGUCCGAAUGAUUUUCCAAAAGAUAUAAAAUAUAUCGAGGUUACGACUUUGCCAAACCAGAAUUAUGUAUUUACUGUUGAGACACACAACGACGUGCCUCGUGGAUGUGUUGGAUUCAGUUUACCCCAGAGAAAGUGGGCCGCACUUUCGGUCGAUCAAGAAAUAGACGUACGUCCGUAUCAGUUUGACGCAUCGUCGAAGUCUAACUUCUUAGGUACUAUUGUGCUGGAAGCUGAUUUCCUGCAGAAAACAAAGACAACAACGGAGCCGUAUGACACUGACUUGAUGGUCAAGGAUUUUCUUUUUAAAUUUUCUGGUCAUGCAUUUACAGUGGGACAGCAAUUGGCGUUUCAAUUUGGCGACAAAAAAAUGCUAGGACUGGUGGUAAAGGAUCUGGAGGCACUUGAUGUCACAGCUAUUGAGCAAGGACAGAAAUCUAAGCCCAUCAAAACGAGGAUGGGUCGGUGUCUUGGUGACACGGUGAUUCAAUUUGAGAAGGCUGAGCAAUCGUGUUUGAAUUUGGUCGGCAAAGCGAAGGGGACAGUUAUGCGCCAGUCGAUUAUUAAUCCUGACUGGGAUUUCGCUAAAAUGGGAAUCGGUGGUUUGGAUAAAGAGUUCAGCGCUAUUUUCCGUCGUGCAUUUGCUUCGAGAGUAUUUCCAACUGACAUUAUGACGCAGCUGGGAUGCAGACACGUGAAGGGUAUUCUGCUUUACGGACCACCUGGUACGGGAAAAACUCUUAUGGCUCGUCAGAUUGGUACCAUGCUGAAUGCGAGAGAGCCCAAAAUCGUCAACGGCCCGCAGAUUCUUGACAAGUAUGUGGGAGAAAGUGAAGCCAACGUCAGGAGAUUGUUUGCUGAAGCUGAAGAAGAGGAAAAGAAACUGGGUCCAAACAGCGGUCUCCAUAUAAUUAUUUUUGAUGAAAUCGACGCUAUCUGUAAGUCUCGUGGUAGUGUUGCUGGUAACACUGGUGUCCAUGACACUGUCGUGAACCAGUUGCUGUCAAAAAUUGAUGGUGUAGAGCAGCUCAAUAAUAUUCUCGUUAUUGGUAUGACUAACCGACGAGACAUGAUUGACGAAGCUCUGUUACGUCCUGGACGACUGGAGCUACAAAUGGAGAUCAGUUUGCCAGACGAAACUGGAAGAUUCCAAAUCUUAAAUAUUCACACUUCGCGGAUGCGCGAACACAACAAAAUAGCUCCGGAUGUCGACUUGAAAGAGCUUGCAGCGCGUACGAAAAAUUUCAGCGGUGCCGAGUUAGAAGGUUUGGUAAGGGCUGCUCAGAGCACAGCCAUGAACAAAUUAAUAAAAGUCUCGAGUAAGGUGGAGUUGGACCCUUCAGCGAUGGAAAAACUUAUGGUGUCAAGGUCAGACUUUCUGCAUGCACUUGAGAAUGAUGUGAAGCCAGCAUUUGGUACAGCUGCAGAAGUACUGGACCACCUACUCGCUCGUGGCAUCAUCAACUGGGGACGUCCCGUGGCUGAAAUAAUUGCCGACGGUAAUUUGGACAUCCAGAAGACAAGAGCUGCCGAAGGCUUCGGUCUUGUCUCUGUUCUGCUGGAGGGUCCUCCCAACAGCGGAAAGACUGCGUUGGCCGCACAAAUUGCCAAGAACUCAGACUUUCCCUUCGUCAAAGUUUGCACUCCCGACGAUAUGGUCGGACACACCGAGACCGCCAAGUGUCUCGCGAUCCGUAAAUUCUUCGACGAUGCUUAUCGCUCUCAGCUGAGUUGUAUCCUGGUUGAUAAUAUCGAGCGUCUCCUAGAUUACGGAUCAAUCGGUCCGAGGUAUUCCAACCUGACACUUCAGGCAUUGCUAGUCUUGUUGAAAAAACAGCCACCUCGUGGUAAAAAAUUACUAGUACUCUGUACCACCAGCGACAGACAAGUUCUCGAGGACAUGAAAUUAAUAUCAGCAUUCAACACCGUUCUCCAUGUACCAAAUUUAUCAACACCCGAUCAUUUGCUAGCAGUAUUAGAAGACCAAGACGUGUUUACAAAGUCCGAACUCUCGAGCUUGCAUGCAAAACUUCAAGGAAAACGGUAUAAAAAAAAAGUCUUCAUUGGCAUCAAGAAACUGUUGGGGCUGAUCGACAUGGCCCGACAAGUAGACCCAAGCUACCGAAUACCUAAAUUCCUAUCAAAACUCGAAGAGGAAGGUGGCCUUGAGUAAUCAUUCCUCGACAAAUAAGCCUGUAAAAUUUACUGUAAUUAUUUAUUUAUCAUGUAUCCUAUAGUCAAUUCGCUGAAUUUUUAGAGUAUUAAACUAACAGGGGUCUUUUAAUUCAGCUCAAUUGGACAGAGUUACCGCUGGUUCGCGUAUAAAUUAAUUAAUGCAGAGUAUUGAUGUAAGAAGCGCCGGCAGAUCGCGGAUUAAUUGCUUAUUCGUGAUUAAUUAAAUGGAGGAUUGUUUUGUGAUUAAAUGACAAGAUAAUAUAAAUAACCAAGUAACGUAGUGUCUCGUGACUAGAUAAAUGAAAUCAAUAUAUUAGUAUCUCUUACGCAUUUCUGUCCUCUUAAAUGCACGGAUGAUAAAUUCAUUAGAAUUCAUUCCAGGACACUUUACAAUUGUGCCCGAUUAUUUUACUACAAUAUAUCGAUCGAGUUUACCUGGUAGCAUUUAAAAAAGUUUGUGCACUUCAAAAUAUAAUAUAUAAGUACAUAAAUAUAUAUAUUAAUUAAUAAUAAAUAUACAAAUAAAUAAUUGACGUUGAAUUGACAACGGGUGCAUUCAAAAAUCUCUUGGUUUCAGUUCCAGUUAAAAUAUGUCAUUCGCGCGAAAAUUUUGAAAUUCAAAUUUAAAAAAAGAAGGAUCGCUCUUAGUUUGAUUUUAAAGAUCUAAUUCUCUACGAACAUGCCAACAUUUUUUCAGUUUUCAAAUUUAUUCAGGGAACAAAAAUAUAAAGUUUUUUUGAAUUUUAACAUUUUCGCGCCUCUGAUAUAUUUAAUUAGAACUAGAAGCAGAUAAUUUCCACAUGCGCUCUACAAUAAUUAUAAACUGUCUUUAAAUUUAAGCUGCGUUGAAUAACGAAAGUGCAAUAGUUUGAAUUUAUUUGGGAAAUUGUUAUUUUAUUAAAUAAUAACAUAACAAAUACGUACUGCCGGUUUAUCAGAGCAGUAUAAAGGUAUUAAUUUUUUUUUUGCCGGUCAAAAAAAUUAACAAAUAUUGAGCAUUUGUUCGUAACAUUUGUAGUGUAUAACUAUUUAAAUUAUUGUAAAUUCGCGCUCGUAGAUUUAUUUUAAUUAAAUUUUAUUUAAUAUAAAAUAUUGCGGUACUAAUUCCAAAUAAACUUACAUUUUUAUUCGUCUUUUUAGCUUCCUAGAGCCAAAAGGGCAGAUGACUUUUUUCUCAUUGACAAUUAUUUGGUACUUUCCAAGCACACUUGCAAUCAGUUUUUAGGCUGUUUUUUGACAUAUCAAGUAGGGUGGGUUGAAAAAAAAACUUUUCUUAGCAUGGGGGUAGAAUUUGUACCUUAUAAAAAAAAAAAUUUUUUCAAGAAAAAAAAAAAUUUUUUUACUCAACAUUUUGAGGUGGCCCACUCGUUUUUAAAAUAAAUAAUUGAUCAAACGGGGUAGUCCCAACGAAAAAAAUUACAUGGUGUUCUACAAUCUGUAGGGUGUCCCCUUGCAAGCUAAUUGAAAGUCAGGAGUUGAAAAAAUUUUUUUCCUAUUAUUUUUGUAAUUUAAGUAAAAAAUUCAAAAAUGAAAAGCAUUUUCUUUUGAAUUAAAAUGAAAGUGAAGUAAAAAAAAAUCACAUUCGACAAUUAUUAGAUGUUUUCCACGAUUUUGGACAAAAAAAAAUUUUUUUCGUUGGAACUACCCCGUUUAAUCAAUUAUUUAUUUAAAAAACGAGUGGGCCACCUCAAAAUCUUAAGUAAAAAAUUUUUUUUUUUCUUGAAAAUUUUUUUUUUUAUAAGGUACAAAUUCUACCCCCAUGCUAAGAAAAAUAAAAAAAAAGUUUUUUUUCAACCCACCCUAAUAUCAAGGUAACAAUAUGUUGACAAAACGGUCAGAAAUUCAUGUCACCAAAAAAUUGCUACUCAAAAAACUUGACACAAGUGACGACUAAAAGUAAAUUACAAUCAGUGGUAAAAUAAUUCAUCUAAAUGACUUUUAAUUGACAUAAGACAGGAAAAACACAAAUUUUCUGUCUCCGGAACCAACAUUUGCAUGUCGUAUUUCUACCAAAAAAGGCGACCGAGACAAAAAAAAAUUGUCAUCCUUUAAAAGACAUCUUAAAAUUGUCUGUUACUGGGUGGCUUUCAAAUUUUUUUUUUAAUUUCGAGCUUUAAAUUAAGUCUCCAAUACGAUUUGUAAUAAAAAAAUUAUACCCCUUUUGGCACGAAGAAGCCAAAAGGGGGAAUAAAAAUGUAAGUCUUUUUGGAAUAAGUAACGAGAUAUAAAAUAAAACAAAAUAACGGAAUUUAUGAAGCAAUAAUUAUCAUGCUUUGAUGAUAAGACGAGAUCAAGGGUUUAUUAUUACGUAUGAUCUUGAUAAUCUAAAUGGAUUAUCUAGAAUAAGGCUUACGUACUUGUGGGGUUUGAUCGAUUUAUUAUAUAAAUAUAUGUAUAAAUAUGUUUCGAAAUUACUGUACUGUACUGUUUAUUUUGUCAUUCCAGCCAAGGGGCCUAAUACUUUUUUUUACUGAUUUUUUUUAUUUACUAGUUCUCUAUAAAUAUUUAUUUUGUGUAAGGUCUCAGUUAUUUAUAUCAGCCAUUUCAUUUAGAGUAUUUUUGAUAAUUGUAGAGUUAUUAAUUGUCGGAAAUACUAUUAUAUAUUUUUAUUGUAGUUAAAUGUUUGGUGUUUAUGAGUUUAAUUAAAUAAAGAGUUGAUGUUUGUUGUUGAAUGUCAAUUGUGUGGGAUAAUUGCGUUGGAAUAAAAGUAAUUGGAAGGAAACUUAUUACGGAUCUCGAUGGAAAAUAUUAAGCUAGUAUUGUUAUUACAAAUGUUAAUUAAUUGUAUUUAGUGCUGUCUGUAAAGACGAAAUAAAAAUUUAUGCGUACAUGAAAA